AUGGAUAGAGAUGUAAAAGGCCUGAUAAGCCCAAUGAAACAUAGUGGGCCUAAUAUGAGAAAAUCGCCGUUCACCGAUUCCUUCUCGAUCAUCUCCUACCAGGGUUCUUUAAACUUUGGUACUAUGGGCGAUUUCUCGAUCCAGAUCAGUUCGAAGCUGAUCAAACAGUUAGCUGAAGAGAGCGAGCAACCGAAGAGGAAGGUUAAAAGAACCAAACCGAAAGUCUCACAACGGAGCAAGACUGAUCAAGCGAGAACACACCACGACCACCACGAAGCAGAGAAACCAACUCCAAAGGCGGAAACACCACCGGUGCAGCCAGCGUUUUUCUUCCCGAUACCGCAACAACAAGCAGCAGCAGCAGGAGCAAGCGUAGAGUUGGAGUCGAUAAGAUCCGUUCUGAAAGAGAGCGAGAAGGUUCUUGAGAAGCUGGAGAAACAGGAGAAGAGCAUUGCUGACGAAGUGACGGAGAGAGCCAAGUAUCUUAGGGAGAACGAGUUCAAGAUCCCGGAGCCGAAACCAAUGCCUUGCUCGUCGCAACACGAUGCGUUGAUGAAAUGCUUCAGAGAGAAUAUUGACGACCAGCUGAAAUGUAGCGGUUUGGUUAGGAUUUUCGAGAAUUGCUCACGCCGUUUCGCAAAGCCAGUGACUUCUGAGGAAAAGUAG